GACGACGAGAUAGGCGCGACACCAAGCCCAUUCUGCCUCCCCGAAACGUCACCCGUUCGAGAUUCCGAGCGACGAACGGCAUCUCCGCGUCGCGCACCGACCACGAACCCCGAUUUCGUCGAGUUCGACUCCGCCGCUCGGUGGCACUUCUCUCUCUCCCUUUCCCUCCCUGCCAUUUGCCCCGCGAUCGCGAAACCUCGUUUGAGGUUAGGUCCCGCGCUGUCCCGAUUACGCGCCGUCGCGUACCAAGUUCUCCGCGACGUUCCGCCCGUCGCCGCGCCGCUCGUCGGGAUCCCGGGACCGUCGAGUUCGGCGCGGAACGCCACUCGCAGACGGAUUCUCGCGUCCGUGCUCGAAAUUCCGCUUCGCAAAAAUGGCGCGUUCCGCCGAGAAAUGGCGCUGAUGUUCCACAACGACUUCGCCGCGCUCUCUCGCUCUCUCGCGGUUUAUUUUCCCUUUUUUUCCCUCCCUCGCUUUUCUUCCGCCUUCGGCGUAUUUCGAAUUCGCGUUCGCGUUCAGCGUGUUCGAACGUACGCUCGUGUCAAACUUCGCUCGGGUGAACGGACGGAUGGACGUCCCGCGAUUUUUCAAAAGUCGCGACCUCGACAGAUUUAAACAAUCGCUCUCUCGCCCAUUUCGAAAUCCUCGACCACACGUUGACGACGGACGGCGGAAUCUCGGGGAUUAUCAGCGCGGAUGAUCGAGGCCGCCGAUAGAACGUGCACUCGAACAAAUUUAAACAAAAUCGUGCUUAUGGCAGAAUGGAAUAAACGUUUGGAUUUUUUACGAAUGUGUGUAUUAACGUCAUGUCCAGUAAUAAGGGGCAGAACGCAAGGGCCUUAGUGGAGCCUUUGGCUUUGGACUCUCGCACACUGGGUGACAGUGAUCUUAGUGCACUGAGUUUGUCUCACAGUGGCGAACAGUACACAUCAAACGACUUUGAAGAGUUUGCCAAUAUUCAAGCAGAGUUUGAAUGCAUGAACUCGGAGGGAGUUAUGACGGACGAAGAUCGGAACGUUGAGACUGACACGCUAGUACCUGAUGUGGAGAUGACUGAAAUUUCUGAGCAAGUGCAGGCUGAGCACGUUUACACAAUGGCCAAUCAAAACAACCAGAACAUUGUGUUUCAAACAAAACCCACCCUACAACGAGUGCCGGUGUCGGCGGUCCAGAUGAAGCCCUCUAUCCAGACCACGCAAAGUCAGUCGAUUAUGAUAGUGUCACCUGCAAGCGGAACAGGCACCAGUCAAAUUCUGAAAAUAUCACAUCCACCAACAGCUUCAGCUGAACAGUUGCAGUCUCUAGCCCAGACUCUGAUCACCGGCAAAUCCGCGGACGGAAGCGUCGUUCAAUUAAGGACCACUCAACCUACCAAAUCUAUCGCGACAACUAGUGCCUCUGGGAACAUUACGAUCAGCAACAUGCAGAAUGUUAAGAUUUCACAGCCAACGUUGAAACGAACAACACAGAAUGUCUCGCAAGGACGUAAUGUAAUCACAAAGAUGAUAUUAACGGGAAGUCAGUCACAAUCUGGUACUCAACAAGUUCUUAUUACAAGUUCACAAAGCGAGAAUCAGUCGACUCAGGGGAUUAAAUUCCUCAAUAACACUUCUUCUAGUUACAGCAGUCCAUCGAAAAAUAUAACAUUAGCACAAAUGGGUAUAAUUUCUACUAACAAGCAACAUAUUUUGCCAUCAUCUUCACCAAAGCAGGGUAUGAUACUGAACAAGUUGCUACAAUCUUCGACAUCUCAACCAUCGAAAGUGACCAUAGUACCAACGAAUACCGCAAAAUCACCAACAAAAAUUUUACCUGCCCCAACUAUUAGCCUUCAGGCAAAAUCCUCAACGACGACAAAUCAGCAAUCCACAUUUGUUACGUCCAAAUCAUCCACACAACAAAAUCCACAGAAAGUGAUCAUUAGACAGGGUUCUUUGAAACCUGGCAAUGUACUUGGAAGUGGACAAGUCAUUAGAAUACCUGCUAACCAGAACAUUGUAACUGGAUCAAAUCAAGUUCAUCAACUUCAGAUGCCUGGAAGACAAGUGCAAUAUGUGAGAUUAGUCAGUACCGCUUCAACAGGAUCUUCUAAUGUUGUUACCGUGGGUAAAUCAAAGGCUAGCACAACACUUCAGACUGUAGGUAUUGGUCAGAAAAUAGGAAAUCAGCAGCAAAUUGUGAAGGUUGUUCCAUUGAAUACCGGAAGUCAGUCUCUGAGAACUGUUGCGCCGAAGGCAACCCUGACGAGUGGCAGCCAAAAAUUACUCAUACCCGCGUCAACUGCUGCAGCGGCUGUCAGCGGUCAGUCAAAGAAUGCAGUGGCAAUUCCUGCGUCAGCAUUGAGUCAAUUAGCAUCAGGACAGGCAGUUUUGUCGACCAAUCCAAAUGUUGGAAACAUCGUUGUUCUACCUGCUCAAUAUAUUCAACAGCAGUCAACAGAUGAGGUAAAAGCGAAGUCUCAAACAACGCCAGGUCUCUUAGGAAGUUCACAAAGUUCUGCAGCAACUCUGUGUGUAAUUGAUGGAAAAAAUUCUCAAAAAGGAGCUUACAGUAAUGUAGAGCCAAAUGGUAUCAGGCCAAGAAAACCAUGUAACUGUACGAAAUCACAGUGUCUUAAGCUUUAUUGCGAUUGCUUUGCAAACGGUGAAUUCUGUCACAUGUGCAAUUGCAAUAAUUGUUCAAAUAAUCUUGGUAACGAGGAAGAGCGUCAGCGUGCGAUUAAAUCCUGCUUGGAGCGUAACCCUAAUGCCUUCCGGCCUAAAAUCGGAAAAGGCCGUGAAACUGGUGAAGAUAUAAGAAGACAUAAUAAAGGCUGCAAUUGCAAACGUAGCGGAUGUCUUAAGAAUUAUUGCGAAUGUUACGAGGCAAAAAUUCCAUGCUCUGGAAAUUGUAAAUGUAUAGGCUGCCGCAAUAUUGUGGAUCCAAUUUUGCAGAAGAAAUCUUUGAAGGAUUUAGUGGAAGCGACCGAAGCCAAAACGACUCAGCUUACUUUAAAUAAGGCGCAGUUACAAUUAUCUGAAAUGGCAUUUAGGCCACCUGCAACAUCUAAUGCUGGUACAAGGCAACCAUUCAAUUUAUUGACGGAGAAGAUAGUGGAAAUAACGUGUCAAUGCUUAAUGGCGCAAGCUGACGAGGCGGAACGUAAUAUGUUCGACGACGAAAUGUCUCAGCGUAUCAUAAUUGAGGAAUUUGGUCGAUGCUUAAAGGAGAUCAUCGAGUCGGCGCACAAAGCUGAAGCUACUUAGCAGGUGCACUUAUGACAUUUGCAUUGUAAUUUUUAUCUGUCACUAUUAAUUAUGAGAAUUGAAUAUAAAUAAAGAUAGUAUAAUGAGUGUUGGUACCAAA